GCUUCAGCGAAAACUCCAUCCAUCUCUGCACUGUCAAUCCUACUGAUAUUCAGUUCGGUCCAAUUGAAGGGUAGGCAUGAAAUAAAGAAAGAGAAAUUUAGAGACUUGCUGGGGGCCUGGGGCCAACCAAAUAGAGCAGUCAGUUCCAAUGUGAUAAGAGUGCAGCCUGGGAUUCCUGUGGCUUCAUGAGGACAAGACCCUAGACCUUCUCUCUCUCUCUCUGGCCAUGGAAGAACAUAGUUACAAAACCAGCCAAUAGAAAGGACAAGAUCUUCCUCUGAACUGUGGGAUUAGCGCCCCUAUAGAAACCGAAACUACUACAUCAAGAAGCUGCGUGUGAGCAAGAGCAACUCAGAACAGAAAGGGUCAAGACUGCUUGGCCUCCUAGCCACCUCGAUCUCUUUUGCGCUCUACCUCGUUGUAGAAACCUCAACACCCUGCAGAGGCCAGGUUGCAAGUUAUCAAUCUACAAGAAGUAGAAGGAUCUGAGGUUCUGGAAGGCACCGGGGUCUCGUUGGAGCUGAGUGUGCUUCAUAGGAUGGGAGAGACAAGUAGUAGCUCAAGUCAUUCAAGGCAGGAUCCUUGUGUUCUUGGCAGUUAUGGCUUCCAUGGCGCCAUGGUCAACUCCACGCCACCUGCAAACUUCUUUGACCAGGAAGGAGCUACCUAUUUUGGAGAGCUAGAAGAGGCUUUCAUGCAUCAGGUUGCCACACUCAGGAGGACUCAACAAGCAGCAACCACCUCCACAACUCAUCAUGCAGACACCACGCCCUUUCCCACUGCUGCUACUGCUACUGCUGCAACGGCUACAGCAACGCCACCUCCUACACUGGACAUCUUCCCCUCUUGGCCUAUGAGGUCUCUUCACACACCCAAGGAGAGUUCAAAUGUGACAGCAGAUAGCACAGACUCAGAGAGCAGCAGCAAGAAGAACAGUGACCACAAGGCCUGUUUGGAUCAGCUCGGAGCAACGGCAAACAUGACCAGCCAGUUUGAUCAAAUUUCUCAGCAGCACAAGAAUAUCGCCACAAUGUCCACUCAAAGGACUGGCAAGACACUUGAUCCAAAGACAAUCAGAAGGCUUGCUCAGAACCGAGAAGCUGCACGCAAGAGCCGGCUGCGAAAGAAGGCUUACAUUCAGCAGCUUGAGAGCAGCAAGCUGAAGCUUGCUCAGAUGGAACAUGACAUCCAGCGAGCACGUUCCCAGGGUCUCUUGCUCGGAGGAGCUCCAACUGCAAACACCAGCUCAGGAGCGGCGAUGCUCGACGUGGAGCACGCUCGGUGGCUGGAUGACCAUGGUCGGCGCAUGGCCGAACUGCACGGAGCCCUGCACGCGCACUUGCCGGACGGUGACCUCAGAGCCAUCGUCGACGACACCCUGACCCACUACGACGAGCUGUUCCGUCUCAAGGCUGCCGUGGCGAAGUCCGACGUGUUCCACCUCAUCACCGGGAUGUGGGCGUCCCCUGCCGAGCGUUGCUUCCUCUGGAUGGGCGGAUUCAGGCCCUCCGAUCUGCUCAAGACACUUCUACCCCAACUAGAUCCCCUGACUGAACAGCAAGUGCUUGGCCUCUGCAACCUUCAACGGUCAUCGCAGCAGGCAGAGGAAGCUCUCACCCAGGGCCUGGAGCAGCUGCAUCGGUCACUAGCUGACACCAUGGCCGGUGCACCUUUGAUUGCUGACGCCAGCAUGAGCUUCAUGGGUCAAAUGGCCCUUGCCCUUGGCAAGCUGUCCAACCUUGAAGGUUUUGUCAUACAGGCUGAUAACUUGAGGCAGCAGACUCUUCAACAGAUGCACAGGAUUCUGACAGUUAGGCAGGCAGCUCGAUGUUUCUUGGCCAUUGGCGAGUACCACAACCGCCUUCGUGCCCUAAGCUCUCUCUGGGCUUCUCGACCUCGAGAGAUACUGGUGGCAGAUGAAGGCAAUUGUGGAGAGCUAAGCAUUGCGGCACAACCAGCUCAAAACCAAUUUACAGCAUUCUAAUUCACAUAUAUUGUGGAACUAACCUUCAGCAUAGGAGCAAGAGAAAACGACUGGGACGAGAAGUUUUGGAUGCAACUUGCAGACAUCUGAGAAACACAGAAGAGAGCUGGACAAUGAACGAAGCCUUAGAACAGGGAGUGUUUCUGGUAAUUUGCAGAGCUUGUAUGAGGAAUUUCCAGGGAGGUCAAAUUGUUUAAUUCUCUGUGGAGUGAGGAGAAAAGGAACAGCUAGAAUUUGUUGUUCAGAACUGUAAUCUUUUGGUUCUCUCCAGUCUAAAUUCUCAAAGAAGCACUUCCUAGUUCCUACAUAAUGAAAAAGAAUAAAUUCAGCAAUUCUAUAGAUAAUUGCUGGUUGGAGCA